AUGCUUAAGUAUAAAAACCUCUUUCUGAGACCGGGAUUAGCUGGCGUUUUGGGCCUGUAUCGGAGGGAACACCUAUUUCCCUCCGGAUUGCCUUUGAAAGCUUCAUGCCUGCCUCCUUACCUGAAUGCCUUUGGUCAAACUUCAAUCAAGGGACUGCACUCGCAAGUACAAACAGGACGUAAAGGUUUGGCAGCUGAGUUCGAGCAUAUGGAGAACAAUAAUACGAUUGAAGAAGUACCAACAGAUUCAUACCUUCCAUCUUCAUAUGAUGCUGCAAUGGAGGCACUUUCGUCUCUCAUUUCUGGCAAAAAACGGGGAGAUGGGUCAGCAGUAAGUGAUAAGUACAGCAAAUUGGAGAGAAUGUCAAUGUAUGUUAAGAUUUUGGGUUUGGAAGAACAUAUUGCCGGGCUUAAAAUUAUUCAUGUUGCUGGGACUAAAGGAAAGGGUUCAACAUGCGCUUUUUGUGAGGCAAUUCUGAGAGAAUGUGGAUUCAGGACUGGACUAUUUACAUCACCCCACUUAAUUGACGUGAGAGAAAGAUUUCGUCUAGAUGGGUUGGAUAUAUCUGAAGAAAAGUUUCUCCAUUAUUUUUGGGAAUGUUGGCAUCAGCUGAAGGAGAAUAUCACUGAUGAUUUGCCUAUGCCACCUCUUUUCCAGUUCCUCACUGUUAUGGCCUUUAAGAUUUUUGCUAGUGAAAAGGUUGAUGUUGCUAUAAUUGAAGUUGGUCUUGGUGGGACCAGAGAUUCAACAAAUGUGAUCAAGAACCCUGUAGUUUGUGGUGUUAGCCCACUGGGAAUGGAUCAUAUGGAAACAUUGGAUGGAACAAUUGAAAAUAGUACUUCAGGAGAUUUGGUCUUUUACUUGGAUGGGGCCCACAGUCCUGAAAGCAUGGAGGCUUGUGCCGGGUGGUUUUCGAGUGCUGUUAAAGAAAACCAAAACCAUCUUUCCGCUCAUUUGAACAAUGUUUCGAGCAAUGGUCAUCUUCGACCAGGAAAGAAUGACUCGGUCAAAAUCUCCAAGAAUAUCCUCUUAUUCAACUGUAUGGAUGUGAGAGAUCCCCAAAUCCUUCUUCCAACACUUGUUGAUAGGUGUGCUUUAUCGGGUACUUACUUCGCAAAAGCUAUUUUUGUUCCGAGUAUCUCAACUUACAGCAAGGUCACCUCUGGUUCGUCAGCUGUUCCUAUGGAGAUCCCCUCCAAGGAUUUGACUUGGCAGUUUAAUCUUCAGAGAGUAUGGGAAAAAAUUAUUCAUGGCAAAGUUAGCAAGAGUUUUGAGAUGAAAAGACCAGACACUACUCCGCCACGAAGUUUCAUUCUCGAUGAUGAUAUAUCUAACUGUAGUCCUUUGGAGGGAAAUUAUACUUGCAGUGCUGUAGUUUCUUCACUGCCGAUGACUAUCAACUGGUUGAGGAAUUAUGCUAAGGAAAAUCCCGCCUACAGAAUCCAGGUUCUUGUUACGGGCUCGUUGCAUCUUGUUGGGGAUGUGCUAAAGCUUCUUCGGAGGUGA